AUGGUGAAUCGAAGAUUGAACCUCCCUUUCUACACGCGAACACAAUCGGACGACGUCCCUCUCCAAAGUCGAGGCGUCCGCGAGGAAGAUACCGAAGAUGACGAAAUCCUACUGAAAUCCACGAAGAGUCCUACUGGAGGAUGGAGGAAUAAGUGGCUUUACGAGGUCGCCUCAACGCUUCGUGUCCUAGGGCUGCAAUUGCUCAUCCUCCCAUUUCGACGGUGGCUUGGUACCACGCGAGAAACGCCCAAAGUUGCUGUGCGCGGAAGUCGCAUGGCAGCUCUGUUACGCUCACUCAUCCAUCUUGUCCCCAUUGCAGCGUCUCUGGCCUUGGUUAUCCUGACCAUCCAAGGCCGGUAUCUCGGUGCUACCGUCACCAAUGUCAGCUACUUGCAGUUCGCUGCCAAGGCACAUGAGAUCCUGAUUCAGGCAUCUCUCACGUACAUUAUUGGAAAUGAGAUCGGCCGCCAGCUGACGAGUAUCAGGGGGGUUCCAUUUGGAUUGAUAUUUUCCGCUGCCAAAGUCACCGAUGUCACGUAUCUGUGGUCUUCGGCAUUUGCGGGAUCGUUGAAGCCCUUGGGCCGCAUGAAAAGUAGCCUUGCUACUGUGGCCAUGGUACUCGCUGCCAUAAUACUGGCCACUGGUGCUGGUCCUUCGAGUGCUAUUCUUAUGAUCCCUCGGGUUGAUUCAUGGCCGGCAGGGAGCACUCGCUUCUGGGUUAACGCCCCUGCAAAAGACAUAUGGCCCGACAAUUUGGACGCGUCCGGUUUGAUGGACCGUGACUCUUGCCAGCACAUACAGGAUCCACUUCUUAGCAACGACUGCCCCGGGAGCGAGUACGGCCAACUACGAAGUUAUUUCGUCCUCCAAAACCAUACAAACGUUCAGAAAACCUACCAAAGCUACUUUGAGAACUACUUAACAGGUCGCCCCGGAACCUCAGCCAGUGCCCAAGUAACGGGGAAGAAUUCCCUUCGGUCUUUGUCCAUCAUGAACCCAAAAUAUAUGAAUGUGCAGAAUCAGGAAUUUGCAACAACAGCGGCAACAUUUGCCUCUGUCCCUCAGGCAGCCGUCGCAGACGCUCUGAUGUCUAUGGCGGAGAUGUGGAUUCUCGCACUCGGACAGACUAUCAAUGUGAGAAAAACUGAGCCUUCAAUGGACGGCUGGAUGUUGUCCGCCAUGUCUCAGUGGAACGAUAUACCGAUCAAUAGCAACCAACUGGUGUAUCACCUUCUUGAAGGCCACUACAAUCAAGCGUACAUAACUAGCGCAUGCAACACCCUUUGGUUAAACACCACAAAUAUCGACAGUCCGGCCACUAUUCCACAAGAACUUGCUCCCUCAGAUGACUGGACCCAGCGAGCCCGAACAGCCGACUAUCCAAGAUACUAUGAUCCGCACAAAAGUUGGUACGAGAUUCCAAACGUUACCUGGUCCUCAAUUCUCUCGGCGAAGGGUGGACAGAAUGAUUACCGAAUCUGGUGGCUCGGGCUAAAUACACCUGGCCCUAGGAACCAGGUAACCGCUUCUAAUGACUCGCUUUUGGCCUUCGUCAUCCCUCCCAAUAUCCCCGAUAACUCUUCUUACCCUUUGAACUUGUCUGUGUGCACCGCCAGUGCCGGAUGGGCUGGCAGUACUUUGAACGUGACCGCCGAUGCACAAGACCCAAAUCGCAUAUCAAGCAGCCUCAACAAAGCCAAUCAGUCAACCACAUCGGCUGGAUACAAGUGGUUCCGACAGAUUAUAACCGGCAAUCCACAAAGAGGAGUCGGCAUGGAUUUUGAAUAUCCUAUUUUCCCCCAACGGCCUAUCGGCCUUUCGCAGUCAUGGCUCGAUCUCUUAAACCCAACCAUCCCCGCCGCUGAUAACGUCACGCAGAACACAACAGUCUUCAACGAGUUGGUUCGCGCAUCAGGAAUCAUGCCAAACGAUACCAUUACCAUAGCCUCUAUUAUCUCGGCCAUGCUAGCGAACGGUGUCUCUCGCGCAGGCUUCUACGCCAACUUAACCGGCACUGCGGCUACUGAUGGAAUCCCGUAUCCUGAAGACACUGACAGACGACUAUCGCAUCGCUGGCUUGAGAAUAGUGACGUAUUCAGCGUCGAUGAAGACAAGGCAAAUGAGUAUACUAUGUUCAAGAAGGACACUUUUGCCGUGGGCUACUCAUUCAGAAUCCGAGGCACGCCGUCAAUUCUUGCUAUUAUUGUACUACUGGCGUACUGUGCCCUUGCGCUGGGAUAUACAGUCUAUACAGUUAUCAUUGGAGUGAGUGCAGAUAGCUGGUCUUCUGUGAUGGAAAUCGCUGCGUUGGCUAUGAAUUCUCCGCCAUCUGAGGCGUUAAGGAAUACCGGGGCGGGUAUCACAGGCAUGGGCGUUUAUGGUGCACAAGCCACGGUGCGGGUGCUGUCGGAGAAGGGGAUCUUUGCAGAGUCCGAAAGCCACAAUAUUCACGAUGAUGGAGAGGAGAGAUUGGCACUCAUCCUUGACGAACAGGGUUCAGAUGUCAGGUCGAAUGUUGGACUGAUUCUUUUCAGCGGUGAUAUGGUUCUUACGACAUGA